AUGCCAUCACCUCCUCCUGAUUGGGUCAAGGCCUUGAAGCCAUCGGGUCCGCAAGGAUCCGAGCUUCUCCAACAGGAACGCGCACAAUCCAACGUCAAUGUCGAGAAAUUGUCUGAGUUGCUCCAUACCAAGGAAGCCUUGGAGCGACAGAAGUCCUUGCUGGCUCUGUUGGAACCAGAGAAGGUGUUUGAUAAGUCUCAGAACCACUCUCUCGGCCGUGUAGAGCGGUUGCAGCGAUCGCUGGGCAAGGCGAAGCGUCUCCAGCAGCUUGCGGAACAGCACAAAUGGUCGUUUGAAGAGCUCCACGCAGCGAAUGAGUUGAUUGGCGAACCUACUCCUUACGGCUUGCAUGCUAGCAUGUUCCUGGUGACCCUUCGGGAACAAGGCACCCCCGAGCAGCACAAGCUGUUCCUGGAGCGCGCAGAAAAAUACGAAAUCAUUGGUUGCUAUGCGCAAACCGAACUGGGUCACGGAUCGAACGUCCGCGGUUUGGAAACCACUGCCACCUGGAACUCCAGCGAUAAGACUUUCACCAUCAACUCCCCCACAUUGACUGCCUCGAAAUGGUGGAUUGGUUCUCUCGGUCGCACCGCCAACCACGCUGUCGUUAUGGCCCAGCUAUACAUUGAUGGCAAGAACUACGGACCUCACCCCUUUGUCGUACAGGUCCGCGACCUCGAAACCCACCAGCCAUUGGAGAAUGUGUACGUGGGAGACAUUGGUCCCAAGUUUGGCUACAACACGAUGGACAACGGCUUUCUGUUGUUCAACAACGUCAAGGUGCCGCAUGUGAACAUGCUGGCCCGCUUCUCGCGGAUUGACAAGGAGACGAACCACUACGUCAAGCCUGCUAUGCCUUCCCUUGUCUUUGGUACAUUGACCUGGGUGCGGUCCAACAUUGUUCUGCAGGCCGGCGGCGUUCUAGCCCGCGGUGUCACCAUCGCGACCCGAUACUGUGCGGUUCGGAGACAGUUCCAGGAUCGGGAUGCUGAUGCACAUGCGGGUGAGAACCAGGUUCUGAACUACAAGAUGGUGCAGAUCCGGUUACUGCCCUUGCUGGCAUCCAUGUAUGCUUUGCAUUUCACUGGCCGUGGCAUGAUGCGCCUUUAUGAGCAAAACCAAAGCCGCAUGAAGGCCGCCAACUCGCCUGGUCAGGACUCGCGAGGUGCCGGACCGGAGGAGCUUCGUGCUGGUGCGAAUCUUCUGGCAGAUCUGCACGCCACCUCUUGUGGUCUCAAGGCUCUGGCCAGUACAACUGCUGGUGAGGGUUUGGAGAUUUGUCGCCGGGCAUGUGGUGGUCAUGGCUACAGCAGCUACAGCGGCAUUGGUGCCUGGUACUCGGACUAUCUCCCUACCCUGACUUGGGAGGGUGAUAACUACAUGUUGACCCAACAAGUCGCACGUUACCUUCUCAAAUCCGCCCGUGCCGUUCUCGCUGGCAAAGCUGCUGGUAAUGACACUAGCCAGAUUCUCCAGACCUACCUUGACCGGCGCGAUAAGGGAGCUUCCUUUGAUGUGCUCGAGGAAGACAAGGACAUCGUGGCUGCCUUCGCCUGGCGCACGGCGCACCUGACCUUCGAGGCUCUGAAGCACCGUGAUGCCGAGCAGCGAUCCUGGAACAGCCUUCUCGUUGACUUCUGGCGCUUGUCUACUGCUCACUCUCAGUACCUUGUCGUGAAGAACUUCUACGAGGCGGUUUCCUCUCCCCAACUCUCCGCCGCCUUGGAUCCUGAGACCAAGGGUCUGAUGCACUCCCUGUUCCGUCUCUACGCCUUGCACACUCUAGAGCGUGAAGCGGCCGAGUUCUUCUCCUCUGGCGCCGUGACCGUGCGACAGAUUACCCUCACACGGACUACUGCCGUCAUGAAGUUGCUGGAUGAGAUCCGUCCUCACGCUGUCCGCUUGGUCGAUGCCUGGGCGAUUUCGGAUUGGCAGCUGGACAGCAGUCUCGGUCGCUAUGACGGCAAGGUGUACGAGGAUCUGUUCCGCCGAGCAAGCGAGGAAAACCCGGUCAAUGACUUGGUGUUUGACCCUUACCCAUGGAACUCUGCAUUGCUCAAGAAUGAGCCGGCUAAGAGUAAGCUAUGA